AUGAAAGCAUAAGGAUUUAAAAAUAUUCAAUAGAAAUAUUCUCAACUUGCAUUUCAUUAGAGAUCUCUUAACAAUUUAUUGAAUUUCUAAUAUCAAUAAGAAAAUAAAUUAUAAAAAAACAAUGAACUUGACUAGUUAUAUAAGUUGAAGGAACUUAAUGAAAUUAAUGAGAGAAUCUCUAAAUAUUAAUUGUAAAAAUUAUUUUAAUUUAGACUUAAAUACCAUAAAAGGUCUCUAAGUUCAUAAAAUAACUUAGAAGGGUUCCUAAAUCUCACAGAUCAAUAGAUUUUUCUAUAUCUUCCUUAUCACCAUUGUAAUUAGCAUAGAAAAGUAGCUAUUAAGAAAUUAUGGAAGAAAUAUAUAAAUGUCAUUAUCUCGUUAUUUAGAUAUAAAAGAGCUAGAAAUGAAAUCUAUAAAUUUUAUAUUCCUAGAAAAAAACUCUAUUCUUUACCUACUCCAGAUACUUUACCAAGGAAUCCAAGAAAAAGAAAAAAAGAUUGCCUAUCUAAAUUAGGAACAUUUGGAGAAUAUAUUGAAGCAUAGGAUGAAUUAUAAGAAAAAUAAAAAAAAAAAGAAAUUCCUAAUUUUAAGAAAUCUCCUAUCUAUCUAAAAUACUAAUCUAAUCAAAUUAGGAUCAAUCGAAUUUUAACUACAAGAAAUAAUAGUAUUUCAGCAGAUAAUUUAAGAGUAUCUCCAAUAAAAGUAAAACCUAAUUAAAAGUUUAAUCUAACUCUCCCUCCUCUAAUUAAAUUAGAUAAAAGAUUAUAAAGAGUAUUUUCAAAUCUAGGCAAAUGA